AUGUGCAAGGACAGACUCCACGAUUUCCUUGUCGAUCUGCCCAAAUGCGAGCAUCACAUACACAUCGAGGGCUCUUUGGGGCCCGAGCUGCUGUUCCAUCUUGCCGCACAGAAUAGCAUCUCCCUGCCCUCCGACAAGGAUCCGGCUUUUGCAAGCGUCGAAGCGCUGUACGAACGAUAUCGUAACUUUAGCUCACUCGAUGACUUUUUGCACUAUUAUUUUAUCGGAUUCUCCGUGCUCCUUACCGUCACAGACUUUGAGGAGUUGGGAUACGCCUACUUUGCAAAGGCACACUCGCAGAACGUUCGACAUGCUGAAGUCUUUUUCGACCCCCAGGCACACACCAGCCGCGGGGUCGCGUACGAGACCGUCAUCGAGGGUCUCCAGCGCGCGCGACGUCGCGCCGAGGCCGAUUUUGGCAUGACCGUUGAGUACAUUGUCUGCUUCCUGCGUCACUGCCCCGUCGAGGACGGCCUGCGCAUGUUCCUCGAGGCUAAGGAGAAGGGCCACUUUGUGGAUGGGACGAUUGCGGGCGUGGGCAUGUCGAGCAGCGAGGCGCCGUACCCGCCCAAAAUGUUUAAGCCCAUCUACGACGCCGUCCGGGAGGCGGGGAUCCGGCGCACAGCGCACGCUGGAGAGGAGGGGCCCGCUGGGUUUGUCAUCUCAGCGCUGGAUGACUUGGACGUGGAGCGUAUCGACCACGGGCGGCGGUCGACGGAAGAUGAGGCUCUGAUGAGGAGACUGUCUGAGAACAAGACGCUACUCAGUCUCUGCCCCAUCUCAAACGUGGUUCUGAGGGGCGUUGGCGAGAUCAAGGAGCUGCCUAUCCGGACGUUCUUGGACGCAGGAGUACGGUUCAGCAUCAACAGCGACGACCCGGCGUACUUUGGAGGUUACAUUUUGGAGAACUAUCUCGCCGUGCAGGAGGCUUUCAAGCUUAGCAUCGCAGAGUGGCAGACAAUUGCUGUCGGUGCCGUAGAGGGCAGUUGGUGCUCUACCGAGAGGAAGGACCAGUUGAAGAAGGAGAUCGAGGGCGUUGUCGCCAAGUACAAGGGACUCGAGGCCUGA